UUCAAGUACAUGACAGUUGACGUAUUGACGUUUAUCAUGUAAUUUGUUCCACAUCUUUUUCUACACAGUUCAAACGAUGAUUUAAAAACUUGUAGAUACUUCAGAGCACCUUGUACAAUUGUUUCUAGGUUAACAUGGAUUUAGCUGUCAAACCACCGUACUACAUUCAAAAUACCCGAAUGGUGUACAAUUGUGGAGAAUGCAACUAUUUCACAAAGCUAUACUUCUCUAUCCAGAAUCACAUAGCACGCCACCAAGUCCCUAAAUACCUGAAAUCAUUCGACUGUUCCGACAGCGCCCCUGAGAGUUUCCUCUGUAGAGACUGUAGCUUCAGCACUUAUUUAACAGUAGAAUUCAGCAACCACAUCAAAAACCACAACAAUAAACUAUACCAGUGCACGAAAUGCCCCUUUAAAACAAAGCACAGAUACUAUUUGAAAACCCACAUAAUGUGCAAACACACAGAUGGUUUAGAAGUGAACUGGCUUACGUGUCAGUUCUGCCUCUACAAAACGAAGUUAAAAAGCAACUUGAAAGCACACCUGAUGAGUAAUCACGGCUUUUCUGAAACAGCUCAAGAGAAGUUUACUCUAGAUCCGCUACAAGUGGAGAUGUAUCGGUGUCAUAUGUGUUCUUUCGAAACAAGGCAUAAGUACAACUUAAAAGCACACAUAGUGUGCAAACACACAGACAGUAAGCAUCUGAAAUGGUUUCAAUGUGAUAAGUGCCCAUAUAAAUCAAAACGGAGAAGUCAGUUGGCUCUCCACCAAACCACUCACUUAUCGCAAGAAGAAAAAGUGUGGUACGACUGCGAAGUCUGCGGGUUUAAAACCACCAGCAAACUGUCAAUAACCAGCCACAGAUAUCGCCAUAAAGGAAAUGUCUUUUGGUGCGAGUUUUGCCCGUUUCAAACCAAGUACAACCACUACUUAAAAACCCACAUGAUGUACAAACACAGCGAAAAUAUUGAACGUCUCAAGUGUGACUAUUGUCCAUACGAAGCCAAAGUUUUCGGCGACUUGAAAAUCCACAUGUUGACCAGACACACGCCCUUCGAAGAAAUUAAAUGGUUUGAGUGUGACAAGUGUCCCUACAAGACGAAACUAAAAGCCCAGUUGACAAGACACCAAAAGGUUCACAUAACUGGCGACACUAAAUGGUAUCAGUGUGGAAUUUGCCCAUUUAAAGCUAAACACGAAGGUCCUUUAAAAGUACACAUAACACGUAAACACGGAGAGGAUCAGGACGUAGGAGGGUUUAUUUGUGACUUAUGUCCGCAUAAAAGUAGAUCUAAAAGUAAUUUGAAGAUCCAUAUUUUGAAUAAACACACACCACCUGAGAAUAUUCAGUGGUUUUAUUGUGAGAAGUGUCCAUAUAAGGCGAAACAACAGAGUCAAGUGCGGAAGCAUAGUGUGGUUCAUUUGGAAGAGGCGGAAAAAAUUCGAUGCGUAAAGUGUUCGUUUACGACGGCGCAUUUAAAUUCUUUAAGAAGGCAUGAAAUGCGGGUGCACCCUGAACAUGUAGUCACUGAUGUACAGAUGUAAUAUAGAUAUGUAAUGUAUAUUAAAUGUAAAUUAUAUUCAAA